CGUAUGGAUAAGAACCCCUGCCCAGCAUAACACGCCAUAUUUCUCUCGGAGGCGCAGUGAGGGCUGGAUCGAGGUUAAUAUCAAACCACACGAAAGAUCGGGGUUGUCUUCUUCCUUCUGACACUUGUCUGAGGCAGGGAGAAAGUAAACGGCAUUGGCAGCCAUUGACAGUUAGAGAAUUUCAAAAUGGAGGCGGUUGAUCGCGAAUCCUUUUCCGUGUUGGGCGAAGACUCGGACGCCGAGACGGACAUACAGGAAGAGGACUGGACGCCGGACUUUAAGAAAAACCAGAAGCGGAUGAGCAUCAUCAGGAAAAUACAGCAGCUGUGUGGGAAGGAUGACAGCAACUCCACGCCUCUCCAUGUUGUCGUUAUAGGGCCUGCUGGGGUGGGGAAGUCGGCGUUUAUCAACACUGUCGGAGCUGCGUUUGACGGCGACAGGUGGCGGGAGCACAGCUACUCGGGGUCUCACGGCGAGGCGGGAGGACAGAUCACGGUAUUUACCACAAACUAUGAGAAGUGCUGCAAGGCCGAUAAGUACCCGGAUGAUCUUCUACCAACCCUCAUCGAUGUGGCUGGAUUUCACGACCAGGCCGGGGAUGAGUUUGUGGAACUACUUCGCAUUGUGUUCUACGGUCGACUUCCGGUUGGCGAAUCACUGGCGGAAGCGGCGAAGUACUACAAGGAUUGUGGACUGGAAGGACUCCGGUCCAAGUACAACCAGAACAAUGAGAAGCUGAAGGUAGACCGUGUCAUCUUUCUCUCCUCCGCCAUCCAGCUCGUCCCAGAGAACCUCAUUUCAUGCGUCAUGCAGGCGGCCAGACCGUCGGGAAUCCAAGACAAAAAGAGAACAAUUCCGUUGUUCGGCGUCAUGACGAAGUACGACAAGGUGGUGCCACAGGCAGAGUUCGAGAAGCUGAAAGAAAAGGCAGGAUCCAAUUCUGCCAAAAUUGAUGUCAUCGGACAAGUGGACUAUGAUAAGCGAGAGAGUCGGUUCAUCGAGGCGUUAGGUCUUGGAGGAUCCAAACAUCGGUUCCUUCGCUGCUCCAACUACUGCGAUGACGUCGACAAGGACCACAGGCGCACAGAAACCGUCAUCCCUGACCUUGACAUUCCGGUGCUGAAAUUCUUCACCCAGGUCACUGACCCCGUCAUGAAAGUGCUGAGCAAGGAUGAGUCCUACUCCCGUGGACUCGCACCGGAAACGGUUCCCGAACCGGAAGUUGAGACCACGACGCAAACGCGGGCACCGAAAGGCGCGACUCCAGAAAAAGGAAGCCGAACGGGAAUUGUUGAGAAUUUUGGUGAAACUGGGGUGUCGGUUCUGUUGAUUACCAUCGAGGCGAUCUUUGUAGCUUUUUUCCUCAACUUCCUUCUGAAGUCCCAGGUUGACGUCAACAAAGUGAAAGUAGCCUGUCAAUUUAUGACGGCCCGAAACACCCCCCAUGCCCAGGUCGGGAUGACAGACAUAUGCAAGGACGUGAACAGCUCGGAUGACUGGACCAGUCUGACGUUCUACAUUGCACUUAUCAUGAUGAUUGUCAUCAGAGUGGCAUCGACGCUGGCCACCAUACAUAUCUUUCGACGUAACUGAUGGCCCCGGAUUCUUCAUUGUUCUGUUCAGGUUUGCCAUCGCUUGACAGCAUGAUAAUUCACACUCGCAGUUUUCUGUCUUUCAUUGGUACAUACGCUAUACUGGAGGAAUGAGUGAGUGAGUGAAUGACUGUUGUUUUAAACCGCAUUUUGGUAGCAGUGUGACAGUUUAACGGCGGGGGACACCAGAAAUUGUGUCACACAUUGUUCACACGUAGGACAUUGAACCCGGACCAUCGGCGUAACGAGCCAACACGUACACCACAAGGCUAACCUACCGUGUAAGAAUGUCCCGAAGCAAUUACAAGGUGGCUUACUUUCAGAGACAAAGAAUUGUGUGAAAUACGUUAAAGAUGACACCAAGGACUGUGUUCGAUCGCCUAGGGUGAUUUAAACACUCGAAGGUGGGCCCUCCCUCGGUCAUUGUUAAAGGCGCCACACCUUCACUUAACUUUGUAGAUAGUCGGAUUUAGUUUCUCUUAAAGGCCGAACUCAUAAUUAUAUGUGCGUAAUGUAUUAUGUUAACAGUGAAACCUCGUUAAUCCAGACAGGACAGUCUCCUAUGAAAUCACCCGGACAUCAACACCCGGAUUAACUUAGAGCGCUUGUUUUAUUAUAAAUAUAGUUCCUUUGUAAAUAUAUAUAUGCAGACGGUUCCAACAGUAUUCGUCCAGAAGGCAAUGUGUCUGGAUUAGGGUUUCGCUGUCCAACUGUCGAUAAUAAUUGUAACCGGACUCAAUAAAGAACAUAUGUUCUUCAA